AUGCCGCAGCCGCGAAGGCUGCUGGCCCUUCUGGGCUCCCUGGCCAUCGCCCGCUGGGCUUUCGUGGCCCCAGGCACACCACCGAGGGAGGGCAGCAGGAGAGCCUUGCUGGGCUCUGCUGGGGCGGUGCUGCUUGCCUCUGCCGCAGAUGCGGAGGACCAGCCGGUGGCCGCGCGCACUGGGAAAACUCCCUUCGCCAAGAUGGAUUUCCAGGUCCUGAGAGAGGGGAAAUGCGAACCCGCAAAGUUGGGCGACUUGGUGAGGAUCAAGCACCGGGCCUGGUUCGACAACUUUGAAGAGGGCGCACCCUGGGAGUUGACGAUGGUGGGCAGACAGGAGGUGGGCCCAUACCAAUCACCAGUCAGGAUAAAGGUGGGCAAGACUCCCCUGACGCCGUACGACCCUCCGGCCCUUACGGAUGCGCUCAUCGGCAUGCGGCCGGGUGAGCUGCGGCGAGUCGUGGUGCCGCCCGAGUUUGGAUUUGGUGCGAAGGGCAGGAGCAUCGCUGGACCUCAGGAAGAUCAGGACAUCCCUCCCAAUGCCCCGCUGUACUAUGAGAUUGAGAUGGUGUGGACUGGCCCUGCACAGCUUGCUGAUUGUAUCAAGCCAUUCACUGAUGACGGCAGAUACAAGCCAUGA